AUGAAGACAGCGACGGUGUGGGCACUCCUGCUCGCGCUCGUGAUUGCCGUGGCAGCACUGACCAGCGGAGCCUCGGCCGCCCGCAACAAUGCGCGCACUGCGAAGAGGGACGCGUUCGUGGCGCGCCUCAUGGCCAGCCUCACCCUCAAGGAGAAAGUUGGCCAAAUGACUCAGCUGGACAUCGGGAUGCUGCAGGAGCACGACAGCCAGGGCAACCUGCUGGCGUCGCUCAACAAGACGGCUCUCAUCUACGGCAUCAAGAAUUACGGCAUCGGCUCUUACCUCAACACGCCCUUCUCUGGUACCGCGCCGGUGCCGAACCGGAACGGCAAGCCGGAGAUCGCGUGGAACGUGACGCAGUGGAUCGAGUUCGUCAACACGGUGCAGGAGACGGCGCUCCAGUACGGCAACUCGUCGGUGCCCAUCAUCUACGGCCUCGACUCGGUGCACGGGGCCAACUAUGUGCGCGGCGCUGUCAUGUUCCCGCACAACAUUGGCCUGGCGGCUGCGUGGGAGCCCCACCUGGUCUUCCUCGGCGCCAAGGUCACCGCCAAGGACACCAGGACGGCGGGCAUCCCGUGGGCCUUCACGCCAGUUCUCGGCCUGGGCAUUCAGCCGCUCUGGCCUCGCUUCUACGAAACCUUCGGCGAGGAUCCCUAUCUGAUCUCGACCUACGGCCGCGCUGCCGUCGAGGGCUACAUGGGCAAGACCUUCUCCAGCGACGAUCUCGAGACUUCGGUGUGGUGCCGCAAGCCCCGGCAGGAGGACGACGAGGAGGACGAGGAAAACGCCGCUGCGGGAUGGUCCACCACCGUGUCCGUCUCUCUGAAGCACUACCUGGGCUACCCCAACCCCAUCUCCGGCAAGGACAGGACCGAAGCUUGGAUCCCCGACAGGAUGCUGCUGCAGUACUUCGCCCCGUCGUUCAUUGCGGCGGUCCAGGCCGGUGCGCAGAACGUGAUGAUCAACAGCGGUUCGAUCAACGGCAUUCCGGUGCACACCUCCGAGCAGUACCUCAACCACUAUCUCAAGGAGAGCUGGGGCUUCGAGGGCUUUGCCGUGACGGACUGGAACGACAUCGAGAAGCUGGUCUACUUCCACCACGUCGCCGCCGACAACAAGGAGGUACCACCAAACGCAACGCCUGAUGAACUCCUUGUGCAGGCCAUCAGGAUGGCCCUCCUGGCCGGCGUCGACAUGAGCAUGGUCCCUUCGGACUAUUCGUUCUCGGACGACCUGUUCGCGCUGGCGCAGGAGGACGCGUCGAUCAGGGCCAUCGUGGACAAGUCCACGGAGCGCAUUCUCAAGAUCAAGUACGACCUGGGUCUGUUCGCCAACCCCUACGCCUCCAACCUCUCCAACCCCAACAUCGCCACCGUGGGCAGCAAGAGCGAUCGUCUCAUGUCCGAGAAUGUGGUGCGGGAGUCGCUCACGCUGCUCAGGAACCAGGACAACGCCCUUCCUCUCUCCGCCGCGGCGCAGAAGAUUCUGGUGGUCGGUCCCGCUGCUGACUCGCUGCCCAACCAGUGCGGCGGUUGGUCCAUCCAUUGGCAGGGUUCGGUGAGCCCGAGCGAGUUCGACCCGUAUCCGGACACGUCGACCAUCUACCAGGGCAUCAAGUCGCUCGCGCCCUCCGGCUCCAACGUCCAGCUCAUCGCGGCGUGCGACUUUGACAAGUGCGACAGCUCCAACCUGAGGGAGAUCGAGGCCAUCAUCGCGGCGUCGGCCGAUGUGGUGGUCUUGGCCGUCGGCGAAGGUCCCGAAGCUGAGGUCCUCGGUGACAUCGACGAUCUCACCAUCUCGCCGUCGCAGAUCGAGCUCAUCAAGACCGUGCACGGCGCCAUCGCCAAGAGCGGCAGGAAGGUCAAGACCGUGAUGGUGCUGGUGGAGGCUCGGCCGCGCAUCAUCCCCGAAGAACUCAUCAACGCCACCUCGGCCGUCAUCAACGCCUACCUCCCCGGACCCUACGCGGGCACGCCGCUGGCCGAGGUGCUGUUCGGGAAGGCCAACCCGUCGGGCAAGCUGCCCUUCACCUACCCGCGCACGACGGGCGACAUCCACGUGCCCUACUGGCACUGGUACUCGGACGUCACCACUCCGCUCUUCCCCUUCGGCUUCGGCCUCAGCUACACCAUGUUCGCUUAUGACAAUCUGCGCGUGUCGGACACGAACCUGGCGCCGGGCAAGCCGGUGACGAUCUCGGUUCGGGUGACCAACAGCGGGAAGGUGCCCGGGAGGGAGGUGGUGCAGCUCUACGUGAGCGAUGUCUACGCCACCGUCGCCCCCUCCGUCAAGCUGCUGAAGAGGUACGUGAAGACCAGGAGCCUCGCGCCGGGUCAGUCGUACGUGGCGACCUUCACGCUGGCCACGCACGACCUGGCGUUUUACAACCGCGAGCAGCAGUUCGUGGCCGAGGCCGGCCUCUUCAACAUUCAGGUGGGCACUCUGACCUCCUCGUUCACCCUCACCGGCAAGAGCCUCAUCUGCCCCGCCAUCUAA